CGUGUAACUAGGCCUCAGCGAAGGGGACGGUGGUCGUGGCGCAGGUGCCGCGAGGGUCGGCAGUCACCAUGCUGAGGGCCGCGUGGAGGGCACUGAGCUCAUUUGGAUUCCGGGCAGCGACCCAGGCCCCGGUCUUUGGUCUGCCGGGCAGAGGGAGUGCCAGGCUUCCUUCGGACCAGUGGGCCCUGCAGCCUCAAAGUCUGCUGCAGGCUGCUCGUGGAUGCGCCACCCAGAAGCCAGUCCAGCCCAGCCAGGACAAUGACCUACCUCCUUCCACACUCCUCAAAGACUACCAGGACGUCCCUGGCAUCGAGAAGGUUGACGAUGUUGUGAAGAGACUCUUAUCUGUGGAAAUGGCCAGCCGGAAAGAAAUGCUAAAAAUCAAGCAGGAACAGUUGAUGAACAAGGUCAUGGCAAACCCUGAGGACACCAGAUCGCUGGAUACUCGAAUUGUUGCCUUGAGCGUCAAGAUCCACAGUUACCAAGAACAUAUGCAGAAACAUCGAAAGGACAAAGCCCACAAACGCUAUCUCCUGAUGAGCAUUGAUCAGAGGAAUAAGAUGCUCAAAAAUCUCCGGAAGACCAACUACAGUGUAUUUGAGAAGAUAUGCAAAGAGCUGGGGAUCGAGUAUACCGAAAACAGUGUGUCAACAGCUGAGUGA